AUGAUAGCUUUAUUUUUAGGAAGUAUACCAUUAUCACUCUCAAGAUCAAUCUCACCGCUUCGUAGUCGUCAACUCAGCAUCAUCGGAGUAGGUCUAUUGGUGGGUGUAGCUUUGACAGUGAUCAUCCCUGAGGGCAUAGAAGCUAUUUAUCGAAUUCAACUUCUUAAUCAUCAAUCUAUCAUUCCUCAUCAUGAUGAUCAAUCUCAUCAACAUCAUCAUCCUCCAAUCGAUCAAGCUAGUUCUCCAGAACCAAUCCCAAACGAUUCUCAUCGGUGUUCUACCUCAACUAGUUCAACUUCCUUGGUCAUACGCCCAGAGCCUAAUAACACGCUUACCGAGGCUAAUUCGACCGGUGUGGUAGUCGUGGAUUCGAGUGAUGGGUCUUGCGUCAAGCCUCUUGUUGCUACCUGCUCACACACACAUUCAUCUCAUAAGAGUUUGCUUUCGACCACUCUUGGUUUAUUAACUCAUUCACUUGCCGAUGGAAUAUCCCUUGGAGCUUCAUCAACUUUCAAUUCCCUGCCAGCCACUGCGAAUGCUUCGUCUUCGAAAGAUGUCUUAGCACUGGAUUUGAUUGUCUUCAUUGCGAUCAUCGUUCAUAAGGCACCUGUUGCUUUCGGUUUGGUGGCUGUACUCAUGUCCGAAGGUAUUCCUCGACAUAUCAUUCGUCGGAUUCUGUUUGCUUUCAGUCUAGCUACUCCUCUUGGUUCUUUGAUCACAUGGUCUUUGAUCACAACUCUCAUUGGUCAUAAUAUGAACCAUGAUCGGAAUGAUUCUCUUCCAGUCUCUCGUCAAGCUUCAAUGCAAUGGUGGAUAGGAAUGACACUCUUAUUCUCAGGUGGUACAUUUCUAUUCAUAGCAAUUCAUGCUAUGCAACAUAGUGUCACAGAACAAGUUACUCAUUAUCAUUCAAAACUACCAUCGUCUUUGAAUAUGUCAGGGGGAAAUCGAGAGGAAGGAUCAGAAAUCAAUCAUCAAACUGUUUCUGAUUCAUCUUCUAGUGUACAAAUGUCAAGACUUACUACUUCACUUCUUAUGGUCUCUGGCAUGAUUGCUCCAUCAAUAUUGACUAGGAUAUUUGGUCAUGGUCAUUGA